AUCUAUUUAUAUAUUUUUUACAAGAAACACCUUUAGAACCGAAAACAGGCCGAAAAUAGGUAUAUACAAACAAUAAUGGCGAUGACAUCAAACAGAAUAGCACUUCUUAAGCAAGGUGUACACCUGCUACAAUGUCAAAGAUUAUUGGCAACCGAAGUACCAAAAAUUACCACACACUACACCAUUCACCCAAGAGACAAAGACCCAAGAUGGAAAGAUAUAAACAUGGAGAGGGAUGGUGAUGAAGCUGAUGUUGUUAUUGUUGGUGGUGGACCAUCAGGGUUAUCUGCCGCUAUUAAACUGAAGCAGCUGGCCCAAAGCAGUGGGAAAGAACUGAGAGUCUGUCUAGUGGAAAAAGCAUCAGAAAUGGGAGGUCACCAGCUCUCAGGGGCUUGUCUUGAACCUCGGGCUCUUAAUGAACUCUUCCCUAAUUGGAAAGAGAUGGAGGCCCCAAUCAAACAAGAAGUCACAUCAGAUAAAUUUUACUUUUUAACGAAGAAAUCCAGAAUACCUGUGCCUUUAUUACCUGGUAUGCCAAUGUUAAACCAUGGGAACUAUAUAAUUCGUCUUGGUAAUUAUAUAAGAUGGCUUGCCCAGCAAGCUGAAAAUUUAGGUGUAGAGUUGUAUCCUGGUACAGCAGCCAGUGAGGUGCUGUAUCAUGAGGAUGGUAGUGUUAAAGGAAUUGCUACAAAUGAUGUUGGAAUUGCUAAAGAUGGUUCCCCAAAAGAUUCUUUUCAAAGAGGAAUGGAGCUGCAUGCUAAAGUCACAAUGUUUGGAGAGGGCUGCCAUGGUCAUUUAGCAAAAACACUUUUCAAAAAAUUGAAUUUGAGAGAGAAAUGUCAGCCUCAAGCAUAUGGUAUAGGAAUAAAGGAAUUGUGGGAAGUUGAUCCGUCCUUACACAUACCAGGGCGAGUAGAGCACACUGUGGGAUGGCCAUUAGAUUACAGCACAUAUGGUGGAACUUUCCUCUAUCAUUUGGAAGAUAACGGUGCUCCCCUAGUCUCUCUGGGGAUGGUGGUUGGUCUUUCCUAUAGCAAUCCUUAUCUUAGCCCCUUCCAAGAACUUCAACGAUUCAAAACCCACCCGGGCCAUAUCAAACUCUUUCAAAGUGGCAAGAGGAUUGGUUAUGGAGCUAGGGCACUUAAUGAGGGUGGCUUGCAGAGCAUUCCCAAGUUGACCUUCCCUGGUGGUUGCCUGAUUGGCUGCAGUCCAGGCUUCCUUAACUUACCCAAGGUCAAGGGUAUUCAUAACGCAAUGAAGAGUGGGAUGGUUGCUGCUGAAUCUGUGUUUGAAACAAUCACAGAUGAGAAAACAGUAUCAAGUUCAAAAACAAUAGGCCUCAACCCUGAAAGUUAUGAGGAUAAAAUUCGAGCCAGCUGGACGUGGAAGGAGUUGAAAGCUGUGAGAAAUGUUGGUCCAUCUUUCCGCACCUCUCUGGGUUUAUAUGGAGGCAUUUUGUACACUGGAGGAAUAUACUACUUCCUUAGGGGCAAAGAACCUUUCACAUUAAAACAUGGAGUACCAGACCAUGACACUUUAAAGCCUGCCAAGGAAUGCAAGCCCAUUCAGUACCCAAAACCAGACAACGUUGUGACCUUUGACUUGCUAUCCUCUGUGGCCUUGACCGGAACAAACCAUGACCAUGAUGAGCCUCCUCACUUGACUUUGAAAGAUGACAGUGUUCCCAUGGCUAGAAACUUUGCUGUCUUUGAUGGACCUGAGCAGAGGUUCUGUCCUGCAGGGGUUUAUGAGUAUGUAGAAAAUGAAAACGGCAAAGGUCAUCGUCUGCAGAUUAAUGCUCAAAACUGCAUUCACUGUAAAACUUGUGAUAUAAAAGACCCCAGUCAAAACAUCAACUGGGUCUGCCCUCAAGGUGGGGAGGGUCCUGCCUAUAAUGGGAUGUAAAUCUUUAUAUAAUUUAUUAUAUGAUUAAUUUUAUAAUCGAACAUGAUUAAGUUUUCUAUGAAACAGGUGCAGUAUUUUUUAGUGUUGAUUUUUAAUUCUCAGGGGUAUAGAUUGUAUAUCUUUUCUUAGACAUCUUUUAGACAUGAAUAGUUCAUUGUUAACCAAUUAUGCUUAUGAGAGCAAUUGAUUCUGAAUGCACCUAAAAAAUUAAUUAGCUACAAAUCAAUAGAAUUUUUUAAAUUGGAAUACUGAUGCAGCUAGAUUGUGUGUAUUAUAAAUUCUGGAUGCGAAACAGUAUAUGAUCAAUUCAUUUUCUUAGUGUGGUUUUAAUAAAUAUUAUUUCUCAUUUUUUUUUGUUGCUAGUCACAUGCAAUCAAUAAAAAAGAAAAUUGAUUUAUACAUAAUAAAAAUUUGAACCUAUUUUCGUCAUUUUUUUUUUCUACUUGCAUGUAAAAAACACAACUAAGUCUUGCCAAAAGUUGUAUUAUUGAACAUUAUAAACUGGAAGAUAAAAUGUCAGAAUUAUGUAUGAAUAUACUAAGAGAUGCAAAAGCUACAACAAAUUUUAGAUUAUUUCUUUUAUUAGUUUUAAUUAUACAUUUUGCUAAGUGUACUAUUUUUUUUAUUCAUUUACUUCAUAAUUUCAAGUUUUGAACAAUGUAACAGAACAAAUUCAAAUAACCUCUCUAAUUAGACAAGGGCUAAAUUGUUAGAUUCCUAGUGCUUGAAAUUAGAGAAUGCAGUUUGCUCCCUUGAAAAUUAUUGCAAAUACUAAGAUGUUUGAGUGCAUAAUCUGACUUUCACAAUUUUGGUGUACAUGUGUUUAAAUGAAGCUUCAUCAGCAAUGUUUUUUUUUUUUUAAAGAAUGAAAUAUUUCAUAUUGUUAGGUGUUAAAAUACAAGGCUGAAAGAAUGUAUGAAAGAGAUGAAUUUGUUUCAAAUAUUUGUAAAUAUGACACAUUUUCUGUUGAAGCAUACUUGGUUCAAAAUAUACAAGUAAUAAAAUGUUUUGAUUUUGAAAUACA